UUGGUCCACUCUCUGCCGUGGCUUUUAUCUCUCAACACCUUCCACCAUUACGUCCCAAAGCAAAACGGACUUUUUAGGGCUUGCUUCUCGGACUCUCCAGAGGAACAGAUUCCUUGCCGCUGUGGUCGCCAUGGUUUUGGCACUCAUCAUCGCGAUUCCCCUGCUGGUCCAAACUUCUAAGUCCGAUGCGCACUACGAGAUGAUGGGCACCUGUCGAAUGAUCUGUGAGCCGUACCCCCCCAAUCCGAGCGCUACGGCUCUGGGGGUCAUGCCAGACCUGAGCGCGUUGCCGUCUCCGAGCUUUGUUCACGACACUAAGGGCGAGCCGGGUCGACCGGGGAAACCCGGUCCGAGAGGGCCGCCAAGCGAACCGGGGCCACCAGGUCCGAGAGGACCACCGGGGAAAAAAGGAGAUACUGGAAAGAGUAGCGUAGUGGGAUCACCGCGGACCGAGACCGGUGGAGAUUUCGGCGGGGCAAAGAUAGCGUUUUAUGUGGGUCUGAAAACCCCUCACGAGGGAUACGAAGUAUUGCGCUUCGACGAUGUUGUCACGAACCUGGGGAACCACUACGACCCGACAACCGGCAAGUUCACGUGCCAAGUGUCCGGGAUCUAUUACUUCACCUAUCAGGUGCUGAUGCGCGGUGGAGACGGGACGAGCAUGUGGGCAGACUUGUGCCAAAACGGGCAGGUCCGAGCCAGCGCCAUAGCGCAGGACGCAGACCAGAAUUACGACUACGCCACCAACAGCGUGGUCCUGCAGCUGGACUCCGGGGACGACAUUUAUGUCAAACUGGAUUACGGCAAGGCGCACGGCGGUAACAACAACAAGUACAGCACGUUGUGCGGCUUCCUUCUGUACCGGGACUAGAAUGAGAAGGCACCACUGCAGCCUAAAAGUGCCCGGACAGACCUCAGUUCAACCUGUGCAUCCACUUAGUCUCAUUUCAGCAUUACAACUGUCUCAUGCAAGACAAAAACGUCUGUAGAAUUAAUGUAACAAACACAUCACUCCUCAUGUUCAAGCCCCUUCUGUAACGGCUUAUUUGGAAAUAAGUGGAAUUAUUAGGCAAUGAUAAAAAAAAAUUAAAACCUUAGUUAUUUCCCUCCAUUGCGCUGAGACUACUACAGAUGAACAGCCUUCACAGGAUGUGCAGGUGUUGAAGCCUUUUCCUUUUGCAUUUUGUUUGAUUGAAGUUGUUAUUGCAGGAGAGGAGCGACCUGAAAAGACCUUGCUGUGUGAUGUGAUGCCACUAUAUUUGCUUGAAAGUGUGCCUCACAAAAGAUAUAUAUAUAUAUAUAUAUAUAUAUAUUGGUUUUGUUGCCUAAACAUUCUUGUGAAGACCGAAAUCCAUUUUGAAAAGACAUAUUGCAUCAUGUAACAAGCUUAUAUUACAUGUCAGUGUUACUGACAUGUGCACUGUCACUAGAGGAGUGGUAAGUAGAGUGUUUGAAGCAGAGGGCCACUGGCCAAACUGCAUUAGAUGCAUUGGUGUUAGAUGUAUAUCUAGUUAAGUUUUAACUUAUGUUUGAGUUUUAUUUUGUUAAAGGAACAGUAUAAGAUUUGGUGGCAUCUAGUGGUACAUCUACAACAUACCCCUCCUCCCAACCAGAACUGAGGUGGCCUUCAAGUAUGGACAGGUAUCUUUAUGAUGAUUAUUUUACUACUAGGACCUACUCUUAUCAAUACUCUGUUUUCUAAAUGAUUAAAUAAUCUUUUAAAAACAUUGCAUUUGUAAGAAAUACAUUUAUAGCAGGAUUAUUAUUUGUUUAUAUGUUAAAUAUCACUAGAUAUCAUUUCUAGAGCAGCAACAGUUGCGGUGCCAGUGCCACAAGGUUUACACAGUUUACAACAGCAAAGUCACUAAUAUCUCACUGGAAACAAAUCUAAAAUAUUAAAUAAAUACAUAGCAUUUCUGAGUGAAG